AAAACGGAUAGCAGAGGGGACAUAAACCUUGAACGAAUUCCAGGACGGCCGAACGCAAGGUCACAACAUCGGUAACAAUUUUUUUAAAUUGGCAGUUUCGCUCUAUCGCAAAAAUUUAUCAAAAAGAAAAAUCCGAGAAAGGCACCGAGUCGAAAGAAGAAGAAUAAAGAAGAAAACUUAAAUGUCGACCUCAUCUUUUAAUAAAAUCAUUGGAACGCUUUAUUGGCGAGAGGUGAACUAUUUCUUUCUGUUCGUCAACCGCAUUAUCUUAGCAUUCAUUGCCUAUUCAAUUGUAUAUAUAUAUAUAUCGAACACCAACAUCCUGUCUGUUCCAUUCGCUAGACACAACAAAGAAAUCUUGUUGUUCCGAGUAGGUCGACAAAGAAAUAAUCGAUAGCUUAUUGGAUACGGAGAUAUUUAUAAAUAUAGAAAAAAGAAUCGAUAUUUUAUUGUGUGGAUUGUUUUGGAAAAUUGUGUUCGUCUCUGGCAUUUUGUUGACGAAACAGAAAUUGCCCGGACUUUCUUUCGGCCAUUAACAUUGCUGCCUGGCGGGAAAGAGUGAGAGAAAAACCGAGCGUAACAUCCACGCUAUCAAAAUCUCGCUUACUAUUGGUCAUCGGUCUCUAAAACGGUGGGAAAUAUCUAAAUGCCGAUUGGCCUAUUUUGGCGCGUCAAACAUUCCCGUGACGCAUGGUCUAUUCACUGCUAGCUUUUAGACUAUAUAUAUACGCGACGAUGAGUAAAUAAGUUCCAUGUCUCCUUUCAAAUAUAUCCUCUAAGUACCUAUUUUUCGCAACGUUUCGACGAAUUUGCCUUUUGGAAUUCCGUUUCGGAUCCCGAUACGUUUUUUCUUAUACGUCUGGCGCCUAUUCGAAUUUCGAAAUCGCGCCCGUCUGGCGGAAUGAUACGUUUAUAGGUCGGGCUUUAUCUUGGCCGUUGAACGUUCACCAGAAUCAGAGUAAGUCGUCGUCGACGGCCGACGUUGUGCGGAGUGUUCAAUCUUCGUAUCAACAAAACGGAUCUAACUUUGUGUUUACAUCUGGGAAUACUAAACGAUGUUAGCUCGUAAGAUUCAAACGUUUGCAUUGUUUCCAUCCGGCAGUAGUUCCAACGUCGAAAAAGAUAAAUCAGCUCGCGAUAAAGAAACAUUCGAAAAAGCAUAUCGUGUCGGUCCCGUGCUUGGAAAAGGUGGUUUUGGCACCGUUUACGCCGGAACAAGACUUAGGGAUAAUCUAUCCGUUGCUAUCAAACACGUUGCCAAAGAAAAAGUCACUUUAUGGGGACAGAUAAACGGAAAUAAAGUUCCAAUGGAAAUAUGCCUUCUUCGGAAGGUUUGUCAUGUACCAGGCGUUAUUCGUUUAAUAGAAUGGUACGAACGUCCCGAUUCUUAUAUCAUUAUUAUGGAACGUCCCGAACCUGUGAAAGAUCUUUUCGACUUCAUUACGGAGAAAGGUGUUCUCGAUGAAAAAAUGUCGAGAUUAUUUUUCCGCCAAGUUGUAGAAUCUGUAAUUGCUUGUCACAAGGCUGGUGUCAUCCAUCGAGAUAUUAAAGACGAAAAUAUCCUUAUAGAUCUGAAAACCUUUCAACUGAAGUUAAUCGAUUUUGGAUCCGGAGCGUAUCUAAAAGAUACCGUCUACACUGAUUUUGAUGGUACUCGCGUUUACAGUCCACCUGAAUGGAUCAGAUGUAAUCGAUACCAUGGCAGGAGCACUACGGUUUGGUCUUUGGGUAUACUUUUGUAUGAUAUGGUUUGUGGAGAUAUACCUUUUGAGCAUGAUGAACAAAUUCUUAGAGCUGAAGUUAUUUUUCGGAGAAGAUUAUCACCUGAAUGCCAAGACUUGAUCAAGAGAUGUUUAUCAAUAAGGCCUUCUGAUAGACCGACUUUAGAAGAAAUUCUUGUACAUUCGUGGAUGAAAGCUAAGUUGGAAAGUACUACUUCGGCAGUCAUUCCAGUUCGUCGCACAUCUGUGGACCAACAAUCACUGGAUCAGUCAUCAACUAGCAGCCAGGAAAGUAUUUGAUGAUGUGUAUAAUAGUUAGUUGACACUUUAUGUAAUGAUGUACAUAAUCAUUACCAUCAGAGAGAGGACGCCUUAUAGUUACACCAUCAUACCUCCAAAUUAGAGGGGCCUUGUUGCUAUGUUCGAAUUCAGUGCAACUUUAAAAUUUAUAUUUGUAAUUGUACAGUAUCACAGGACUUUGAGACUGUGCUGAUGCACGUUUUUCAUUUUUUGCCAUGAACUGACGGUUCCUAAGUGUUUUCAGUGCAUCCAUUGAAAAAGAACUGUAAAUAUUAUACAUAUAGUAUAUAUAUAUAUAUUAUAAAACGGAACAUUCAUCUGCAUUAGAAGCAGUCAAUUAAAUGAAAGAACAGAUGGACAAUUUAUUUAUUAUCUGUACAUAAAACUGUACAUCAACAAAUUUGUUCAGUUCCUUUGUUGGGUGUUUGUGAUAAUUUAUUUACAGUUUUUGUAGAAAGAGGAGAAAAAGCGGACACUAAAGGACUAAACAAAAAACGGGUUUGUUUUUUGCGUUUAGAUGAGAGCCAGCACAGUUAGAUAUAUUCUAAAUAAAACACCAACAAGUCAUUUUGUUUCCAAUGUGAAGUUUGUUUUUAACCGAGACUCACUAGAAAGUGAACUGCAAAACAUUUUCUAUGUAAGUAUGCUGUAAAGAAAACGAAAUAUUUUUAUAUAAAAGAUACCUGGAAUAAAAAAAAAUUAUUUCAGGAA